GAGAAAAAAGGAAAAAAAAAAAGAAAAAAGAAAAAAGAAAAAGAUUUGACAACAUGGCGCACUUUCCUUGAGGAAACUUUCUCCUGAACAGCGUAUGCAGCUGAGCUUUUCGCGGACUUCCUCCAGCGCCGAUCGACCUUCUUCUCCAGCGCAAAGGGGGGACUUACUUGGACAAACUUUGCAGCGCGUCUACAUGCACAAACAAACUCGCCACUAAAUCUGCAGGGAUUGGGAUGGGAUGAGACCGAUAAGCCGUUACACAAACACACGCAGUCAGCCAGGAUGGAGAGGCAAGCGACUCUGAAAGAAAAGUUUUCAGUCUUCGGCUCUCGGACAGCGGGCAGGCCUAUUCGGUGCGUUGGCGGGGACGACGGGUCGAGGUGCGGCCUCAGCAAGGCCGAGUUCAUGGAGAAAGUGCGGCAGAGCAACGAGGCGUGUCAGAAGGGCGACUUCCAGGAGGCCGUGCGGUUGUGCGGCGACGCUUUGCAGGCCGACCCACAGAACUGCAUCCUAUACAGUAACCGUUCGGGAGCGUUCCUCAAACUGGGCCAACACGAAGCAGCUCUGGAGGACGCCGAGAAAGCUUGUGGGCUCAAUCCCAAGUGGCCAAAGGUUCAGUACGACUGCAUGUACCGUUACGCCUCCCUGGAUUAG